AAAAUAGAACCUAGUCGACUAGGUAACUACUACCUAUCAACAAAGUCGCCAUAUUGAUAAGGGAAUAUGAUUUGAAUGCUCGGUUUAAAACACAGGUCAGCAGAUUCUAUGAGAAUAAAAGGGUAUUUUUAAAAAUCGAAUGAAUCCAGAUAAAAUAUAAAAAAGUAUGGCCCACUACACUCCACGAUAUAACUCCUGUUACUAUGAUCACCAAGCACGACGAGAUGUUUCACCUAUACCUUUGUUUGCUAAUGAUAAAUUUGGUAGAUAUGAUAAAUAUGCCCAAGAGCUAUGGUCUCCACAUGGAUCACCGAGAGGAAGUCCUACAAGCUUUCGAGCAGAAGCUGGUUCUACAUUCGACAGAAAUACAUCACCUCCAUUAUAUCGAGAACAGCAUAAUUCUAUAUCUCGUCUAGAAAACUAUGAGGACAACCAAACACAGGAACCACCCUUGUCAUAUCGCAGUCGCUAUGGUGACCAAUAUGGCUUCCGAUACCCUGAAAAACCACUAGAUACAUACAGACAACCUUUCAGCUAUGAAUACAAACCAAAAGUAGAAUAUCCCUGGAAUAGGCCAUCUUAUAAACCGAUGGAUCAAAGGGCUUAUUUAUUUGUAAGAUUUCCAACACGUGGUGGAAGUAACAUCAAUGUAGUUGCACAGUCAUGUGUUCUCAACAAAAAAUCGGCUGAAAUACAAGGAGGACGAUUCCUGGGUAUUGCUAGAAAGAUACACGAGUAUGGGACCCCAUCUACGCAUGACGAAGCUUUAGUUGUAUAUAUAUUUAAUAAGCCGCAAGCAGCUCGUCUAUUUUUCAUCAGUGAUAAGAGAUUUAAACAACCAGAUUUUCCACCACCUGCUGGUCAUUGUGAAGCGUGGUCUGUUUGUCGAUAUUAUUCACCUGAUCGUCAAGAAGCUUAUUCGACCUUUAUGAUGUCUGAAGUACGUUUAUUGAAUGGAGUUAACCACACCCAGUAUAAGGACGAAUUCUGUUCAAAAUUUGCGCAGCUCUUACUGGAUUAUAACGCUCACCCAUUUGUAAUCCAAGCCAAUACUAUAGAAUAUCUAAGACGCCAUUUUACAUCUGCUGAUACUAUAGUCACUUUACAUUUAUUUACAUCGCCUCGUCAGUUAGAAGAUGUCAUGACUGAUGAUCGAUAUCUACAGUUAAAGAGGAUACACUCUGAUUUAGCAUCCGAAAUAUGUACAGUAUUUACCAUAGAUCCCAUUUUAUGCCCAUAACAAUAUGUUCAACAACUAAUAAAGUUUCCAAGGUUUAAUUUCAUGAUGGACGCCGCAGCCAAUCAAAGUCUUGUGUUGUGAUUAAUAUAUCAAUUUUAUGUAUAGUAUAUUUGGUCAGAAAUCAAAUAUAUAAUAAUUAGGAUUAUAGCUUAUUGUUGUGUGUAUUGUUCGUUAUUAGCAAAAAUCUAACUGUGAUAAUACAUUUAGAAAUUUUGAUUUACUUGUUGUUAUCUUUUAUAUUAUUACCACGUAUUAUAUUGUAAUUAUUGUAGGAUUGUUAGUAAUCAUAAUUUUAUCCGUGUGCAUGUCUAUUCUUAAUUACGAAAAAUUUAAAAAAAAAAGAUUUUAUAAUCUUUAAUAUUAUUACCAAAUAAUUUUGUUUAUAUUUACAAAGCUAUUAUGCACGUAUAACAUUGUAAUUACUGUACGAUUGUUAGUAAUCAUGGUCUUAUCCGUAUGCCAUAUUCUUAAUUACAAAAAAUACAAUCUAAUUUGUUGUGUGUUUAAAUUUUAUCAAAUUUUAUGAAUUUGCAUAAAACUGCCAAUUAUUGUUAUGUGCUUUGGAAAAUUGAAUACAAAUACCACUGUAUGCAUUGUUAUAGAUUUUCUUUUACAGUGUCUUUAUGAAUGACUAUUAUAAAAACUAUAAGAUAUUGUGCAUUCACUGUUAUUAUAUAAUAGUUGAUAUAACGAUCAUAUCUAUUCGAUCUAUCAUCGUUGCUAUUCACGGUAACACUUAUUUACCUUAAAGUACAUAUAAUUGAUAAAAUAAACAUUUAUGGACUUGCUAUUUAUUCAAAUUUAUUUUGCCAUGGAGAUUAUUCUUUAAAACAAAAAUGAAUUUUAACCUGUUUUAUUUGAUUUACGACAUUAUCAUUCCACGAGUUGCCCUACAGCCACACGAUUACAACUUUUGCUCUUUAUAAAUGACUGAAGACGGCACAAGUAAUACACUCAGUUUCAGACGAGUUAUCUGCCCCUGAAUAUGAUAAUCUUGCUCUCGAACGCGAACGUAAUAGAAUUUAGUUAGACAUAAUACAGCCGCAUUCCUGUAUAAUAUUAUUUUCCAUGCUGUCUUCAAUAUACUUCAUUCCGAGACUAGUCCAGUCAAUUUUUUGAAAAGAAGGGGGUCAACCCCUAAAAAAUUGCAAGAAAGGUUGUUUUUUUCAUGGUUUUUGGUAGCGUUGGGUGUACUGAAUGACAUCAGGGGUGGAUUGGGCCAUAAGGCGAUCGCCCGAAGGGCCGGUCGGACAAAAAAUGAAAAAAAUAAUUUUGUCCAGUUCGUCUA